CGGUCGGUGAUUGGCCGCGCGCUGGCGUGCGUGCGUGCCGGGCCACGCUCCCUUGCCACGUCCGUGCGGCGCCUGCGGUGGAGCCGGUGCGGGCGGCAUUCGGCGCCGCGGCCUCGUGCACGGAACACUUGUUGCAGCCAUGAUGCCUGUUGCAACAGUGAUGCCUGAUGACACACCGAUGUUUGACCCAAAUAUUCUGCAUGAACUUGACUGGAGUGAGAACACAGUGACGUUUUCUCCUGCUAUUUCUCCUUUAGAUCCAGGAGAUGGCCUAGUUUUAAGACCGCUUUGCACAGCUGAUUUAAAUCGAGGCUUUUUUAAGGUUCUGGGUCAGCUGACUGAAACUGGAGUUGCAAGCCCAGAGCAGUUUAUCAAAACCUUUGAGCACAUGAAGAGAUCUGGAGAUUACUACGUUACUGUUGUAGAAGACACAAAUCUUGGGCAGAUUGUUGCUACAGCAACACUGGUUAUAGAACAUAAGUUCACUCACUCCUGUGCAAAGAGAGGAAGGAUAGAAGAUGUAGUAGUAAGCGGGGAGUGCAGAGGAAAGCAGCUUGGUAAACUAUUAACGUCCACCCUUACGCUGCUAAGUAAGAGACUGAACUGUUACAAAAUUACGCUCGAGUGUCUGCCAAAAAAUGUGGAUUUCUAUAAGAAGUUUGGCUAUUCAGUAUCUGAAGAAAACUACAUGUUUCAACGGUUCUUUAAUUAAGAACUUCCAGUUUUUUGUUUUGUUUUUUUUUUUAAAGACUCUUGGUGGAGGAGCUUGUGCUACAAACAUUCUCUUCGUGGAAAAUUUCUAUAGUUUAUUGCUACAAAUAUAAUGAUCCCUAUAAAUAAUUAACAUCAAAUGUGUAAAUCAUUAAAAAAAAUUACUGACAUUUUAGAAGGGUCCUCUGGGUUAGGAAAUAAGCGCUUAGAACUAAUUUUUACUACUGUUCAGUCUAAGUGAAGCUUUUUUUUGGUCUGAGUUACAAAGGACUCUUGUUAAAGGCAUGGUUUUUAACCAAAGGUAUAUAUUUUUAUCUCAGAUUUUUUCUUGCAUUGUAUUUUUCUAAAGAUUUGCGCUUCUUUUUCUUGAUAGCCAAAGUACAGCUCAUGGGAUUGUUCUGCCAUCCGUACUUUGUGGAAGGAUGAUGUAGCUUGGGUGGGGAUGAUGCUUCUCUUAUGCAGAAUUAGCGAUACAGAAUGGGCAUUUGUUCUGUUCUUUCCAUGGAACCUCACUGAAGUGCUGUUGCUGUUAUUAGUGUGUCUAAAGUUUUAUAGGCACUAUUUUCCAAAACUGAAUUUGUUACUGUUUGUGCAAGUAGGGGAGAACCCUAAUGGUGUAUGCUGAAGCUGAUGUUCCAAAUCUAAAAAUGGAUGUGUACUUCUCACAGCAGGGGUCCUGCACUUUAGCUGAUAACUUAGUUUUCAGGAUAAUGACUUUUUUUUUUUUUUUUCUGACAAAAAACCCAACAAACAAACUCAAACAUGGUUUGCAACAGGGCAAAGAUAACUGGGAAAUGGGAAUGUCUGGCAGAGGGUGCCCUGUCUCUAGUAGGGCUGGGGCUCUGGCUAGUACGUGAUGGGAGUGUGGUUUGGGAUUGGCAGUAGCGUGUUCAGCUUCACCCAGCGCACCUGGCCAGCAGGCUGUGGUUUUGCUGGUAAUGGCUUAUGCCUAUGCCAUAGUGAACCAGCAGGGAAAUCCCCCGUCCUGUACUGAGGGAUUGCUGCUUCUUUGGAGCAUCCCUCUUGCUAUAAGGUUGGAUAAAUAAUUGUUAGCACUUUUGCCAGCAAUGGCAAGCAAAUAACAUACAAAGCCCUAGUUUCAACAGUAGUGUUUUGUGCGAAGAGAGUGACAAAUCCUACAUCUAUGAAUAGGGCAUUAUAAAUACAUGGUUUGUACAGAACAGCCAGUCUUGUUUGUGAACAGUUGGGCCUUAUAAAAAGGUUCGUUCAUUGUGGUGUGGAGAGCUACUUUAAGCUGUGGUGGGGGUUCUAUUUAAUGUUCCUGAUGGUACUCCACUCGAUAUAGUGUUUCUUUGGUGAUGUCUGUUUUAUUUAUUGAUUAUUUUUAAUAAUAAUAAAAAAAAUCUUUAAGCUGAAUAAAUGAAGACUGCCAAAUGUA